UGUUGCCAGACUGUUGUGCAUGUGUUGACUUUGGCAAAACAAACACUUGUUCUUGUUGCAUUUAAUUGUUUUGAAACAAUACUAAGGAGCACGCACAUUCCACAGCCAUGGAUAAUAAGUACAGCAAGCUGCAGCAGCAAUUUCUAUGCUGUUAUCCGGUUAAUAAGAUGGCCUGGUCGACGUUGCAUCUGCCAUUGCAACUGGAGGAACAAAAGCAGCUAAUUGCAGCUACCUGUGGACAUGCAUUGAAUCAACGCUAUCCGGUGCGUCGCAGCUAUCAGGAGGCGUUUGUCAAGCGGCUGCUGCAGCUGCUCAAGGAUCACGAGGAGCUGCACGAUGACAUCUACGAUAGUCUGUGCGGCCAGCUGGCCAAGGCGACGCUGAGUGAACGGGAGAGCGCCGAUGCAGCGCAAGUUUAUGCCUACAAGCAUUAUUUGCUGCCGACGCCAAUGACGCUGCGCGAGAGCAAAAGCUUUGUCAUCGAGGGCACCACGGGUCUGUGCACAUGGGAGGCAGCGCUAGCGCUGGCCGAUUAUCUGCUGGAGCACCCAAGCCUGGUGCAGAACAAAAAUGUGCUGGAGCUAGGCGCCGGCACUGGACUGCUGGGCAUAUUGCUGAAGCAGCGCUCGCUGCAGCUGCAGGUGGGUCAAGUGCUGCUCACCGAUGGCAGCGAUGCCUGCGUGCAGCUAAUGCGUGAGAACAUAAAGCUCAACUUUGCUGAAGAGCCGCUGGACUUUCCGCUCUGUGCGCAGCUGAACUGGGCGCAGAUAAGCGAAUUUAAUUGGCAAGCAUAUGCAGCAUUUGAUUUACUAUUGGCCGCCGAUGUUAUCUACGAUGAUACGCAAUUUGAGGCGCUACUCAGUGCCAUGGAGUACAUCUUCGAGCGGCAUGAGAACAACUUGCAAAUGCUGCUCGCCAGCACAGUGCGCAAUGUGGAUACGCUGCACAAUUUUAUGCAGCAGCUAGCGCUGCAUGGCUUCGAAGCGACGCCUUGCGCCAACGUCUCUGCCUGCGCCAGUCACUUUUGCCGUGAUCACACUGCUGCCGUGCAAAUUGUCAGCAUUAAGCGUAAAUCUUAGUUGUUUUUUUUUUUUUAUAUUGACUUGCAGUAGCUUACAGCUAUAAAAUGCAUUAAAUGAAAUUG